GGCCUAAAAAUGUACACAAAAUCACUUAUCAAGUCAGACAUUUUUUGCAGUGCAGACCCUCAUUCAGCAGUAUAGAACCAUGGCUGAGUCGUGCUGCUGGGAGAAGAAGGCCUAAACCACAGUUUGAACACAGCUUAUACGCCCCUCCUCUGUCUCUCUUUCUUUAUUUCUCCCUCUGCCAUCUUGCAGGUAAAGUUGCCAGGGGUCCUGGGGCUGAGAAAGUGGCCAAACCCUCCCACAGAGGGAUGUUUUCUCUGCUGCACUCUGGGCUGGUUUCUAUUCAAAUGUGGGUCAGGGGUGAGGAAGCCUAACGUCAUAAGCUUGCAACAUGGCGUCCCGAAGGCUGUGAGAUGAGCAAGAGGAUGGUAAAGAACGCUUGAGAACGAUCCUACCGAUGUAAUAAGCUUCAGGUGGUGCUCGUGUAGGAAGAGAGAGAGAGAGAGAGAGAGAGAGAGAAGGAAAGAAGGAAGGUGGAAAUGGAACUGCCAAACCAUGCCAAACACCUGCUGCUGCAACUCAACCAGCAGAGAGCCAAGGGCUUCCUGUGUGAUGUUAUCAUCGUGGUGGAGAAUGCGCUCUUCCGUGCCCACAAGAACAUCUUGGCCGCAAGCAGCAUCUAUUUCAAAUCUUUGGUCCUCCACGAUAACCUCAUUAACCUUGAUACAGAGAUGGUUAACCCCUCUGUAUUCAGACAAGUUCUGGACUUCAUCUACACUGGGAAGCUCCUGUCCUCAUCGGAUCAGAGCAGUGAGCAGAACUUCAGUGCCCUCUUAACCGCAGCCAGCUACCUCCAGCUCCAUGACCUCGCUGCUCUGUGCAGAAAGAAGCUCAAGCGCAGUGGUGGGAAACCCCUUCCAGGUAAACCCUCCACUCCAGGUCCCCUUAGCCGCUUACGCCUCAACAACCAGCGCCUUUCCUCCUCUACCCCUGCUGGUCCCAACAACCACUAUCCUCCGACCCCUUCCGAUGCCGACCAGCCACAGCCUGACGAAGGCCUUCGGGACAAGCUCUCAGACGAUGAGAUGUUUGUUGGCAGCUCUGGGAAGAAUGGGAAUGGGGGGAAUGGCAGCAGUAACGGUAACCUCAGCAGUGGAGGAAGUGCUGGGGAACCAGAUCUUGGACUAGAUCUGUCCAAGAAGAGCCCUCCUUCUGCGGGCACAGCCACUGAUGCUCUCAGCCCCCACAGCAACUCCCAAGAAUCCCCUCAAUCUGCCUCAGUAUCCACAACCAACAGUGCCUCACUGGAUGACUCCUCGACCACCCUACCAGGUGUAGACACCUGUGGCUCAGAAUCCAUGGAGCUCAAUUCUUCUUCUAAAACCUCAGAGGAAACCCAAAACCAGCUGGAUGGGCCCCCACCCCAGAAGAAAUCUCGACAGGGUGCUCGCAAGAAUGAAUGGCCUAAAAGAGAGGCAUCAGGGUUGAAGUCUGAAGAUCUUGACAGGCCCCUGGUUAAUGGGGUAAUUGUGGGUCCUAAAGAUGGCCGCUCCUCUGGGGUUGGAGGGGGAAGUGGUAGCAGCUUCACCUCUGACCAGUCCUUCCAGUGUAAAGAUGAGGAAGAAGGAGGUGAGAACGGCCAGGACCACAGUGAUGAGAGCGGACAGAGCGACGGUGAGAGUGCAGGGGGUGGAGGAGGAACAGGAGGGGGACACCACAGCGCCAACUACGUGUACAGGCAGGAAGGUUUUGAGCCAGCAUUCGGAGACAACCUCUAUGUGUGCAUUCCCUGUGGUAAGGGCUUCCCCAGUUCUGAGCAGCUCAAUGCUCACGUGGAGACACACACUGAGGAUGAGCUCUACAUCAAAGAGGAGGGAGGGACCUUUGUGAAAGAGGAAGAUGAGGAGGAGGCAGAGGACCUCUCUGCCCCCGUAGGUCCCUCCAACUUUGGCUCUGAAACGCGUCCAUUCAAGUGUACAGUCUGCAGUAAGAGCUACAAAGACCCAGCAACGCUGAGACAACAUGAAAAGAGCCACUGGCUGACCAGGCCCUUCCCCUGCAACAUCUGCGGCAAAAUGUUCACCCAGAGGGGCACCAUGACACGCCAUAUGCGCAGCCAUCUUGGCCUCAAGCCGUUCGCGUGUGAAGAGUGUGGCAUGCGCUUCACACGCCAGUACCGUCUGACGGAGCACAUGCGUGUCCACUCUGGGGAGAAGCCGUACGAAUGCCAGCUAUGCGGGGGGAAGUUUACCCAGCAGCGCAACCUCAUCAGUCACCUGAGAAUGCACACCUCACCCUCUUAGAAAUGCAUCAAGCCAAAGAACUCUGGGAAUAGAUAAAAAACAUUUCUCUACCUUUUUUCCAUCUUAAAAGCAAAGAAACGCACACAAACGCAUUCACACGCAGACACACAUAUAGUUCUACAUAUUAAUUCCAGUUUACGACGCCCCGGCUAAGUGAAUGAUGUUGCUGUUAGCCACAGUGGGCUCUUGGUGAAGGUGGAAUCGUGUUGAUGCAAGGAUCAUGUCAUCGUUUAUAUCAUCGGCUCAGCUCUCAGGAGUUCUAGAGGGACAAUUUACUCCUGUCACUCUCCAAAGUCACAAAGCCAUGGUCGAGUGGCAUGACUUCUGGUCUGCGUUGCGAGUCUAUCAAAUGUGAAUGUGGGUACUUAUAUAAUGACAAGCCCCCCUCACCUCAUACCCCUCAGCAGCCUUCCCCUCUUCUACCUUUGAGCAUGGAGUCUUUGAGUUUUUCAGAUUGUUCCUCAAACAGAUUAACUCAAGAGUCCCCUCUCUACUCCAGUGCUAUUUUGACCAAAAACCCGUGCAAACAAUACUGGCAAUAAUUCAGCAAAAAGAUUAUUUUUACCCUGACAGCUUUAUAUCCUUUGUUAUGUUGGUGACGGGGAUCUGUAUGUAAGAGGAGGGAUAACUGGGUUUGGGACCAUCUCCAUGCUUUAACUGAAAGUCCUGAAAGAAGGUUCAUGGUGAGAUGACAUUGGGUUAAGUUUUAGAUUUUACAGACAACAAACUGAAAAAUCCUCUCUACAGCUGUUCACAGUAAUAUAGAGAGGAUUUUUUUUUCAUUGUUUUUUUUUUUCGGUUUUGCCUGCUAGUGCUUCCAGGAAUGAAUCCUGGUUGGAAAGAUUAACCCCUCGAGGUACUUGUUUUACUUAAAGAACUUGUAAUGUUUCAGUGAAUGUUUAAACUGGAAGGUCUUGGGGAUUUUUCUUGUGGAGGGGAGGGAUUUGGGUUGGGGUGGGGGCGGGAGGAGGGGUUUAAAGGGGGUAAGAAGAGGGUGUUUUAGACUGAACAUUAUGUUCAGUGGGUACGUUUAUUUUUUUGUCUGUAUAGCUUUCCUCCCCUCAGAAAAAAGAAAAGUCUAUUUAUAUAGGCUUGUGACCUCGCUACCUCUGAUUACUCUUAUGAACUCUAUGUUGAUUAGUUGAAAGUUCCUAUGUAAUUAAUUGUAAAAAGUGUGUAGAUUAUGGUAACUUUUCACCUAAUGCUUUAACCUGCCCAUCUCUCAACACAGGUUUUUUUUAAAUGCUCAUAGAUUUUACUCAUUAAUAUUGUUUUAGCUGUUGUUUUUGCUUGUCAAAUAUAGCUUUUCAGGUGCCCUGCUCAGUGUGGCCCCACCUCAAAGUGUACUGUAGCUUCCUGCCUGGAGCAAAUAGUGGUUAGUUAGUUUCAAUGUAUAGUGUUCCAAAGAUCUUAUGAAUGUUGAGGAGAACAGAGCUAACUAACAAACAUUGCUAGACAAGUUCAUAACCAAAGUUUUUAAAAAGAUGUACUUAAGAUAUAUAGCAUACUAAAUUAUUUCACUUUUGAUUUCUUUUUGCUGUAUAAAACAAAUUAUGAAUUAUAUUCUAAGUCCAAACAAAGAAAUCCACUCUUUUGAUGGAGUUUUGGCCAAUGACUCUGAGACUGAGGAAGGUUUUUGUGGUUUGCAAGGAAAGCUUGUGCUGAUUGGUGGGCCGGUAUAAUGUAAACUUUACCACCUAACCAAACUGGUAAAGUUUAAAAACAUGUUCCCUGAGCAUGUUUUUAUGUUUCUUUUUGUUUGUUUCCAGAGUCCGUAUCACUUUAUAUUCCCUGACUUUUAAAAACAGGACUUGAUGACAUUGUACGUGUUCUGUUCAGACCAAAAAAAGAAAAAGAAAAAAAAGAUAGGAAUUAUAAUCAGAAUUUUAAUGUGAAGUUCAAGUUGCUUGUUAGUUUUUUGAGCCAGACUUGUGAAAACUUGUAAUAAGAAGGGAGAAGCAGAGAUGCACUGGACAGCUGGACAACUCAUUGGUCUCCUGCAGCAUCCUUUUUGUUUCUGAUUGUAUUUCAUUAUAUCACAGAAUGAUUUUAAAUUAUUUUAAACCUCUAAAGCUUUACCUCAUCAUAAGCAACCAGUUGGGAAUGGCCCCUCUGUUGUCUGUCAGUUUCACUGAAACCUGUCCAGUGUAUCUACUCUAAACAGUUACACUGUGGAGCAUGAACCUUCACUACAAGUUUUUGGUAUAGGCAUUCCUCUAUAAUGUUGGUUUAACUGUCUUCUUGAUUUUUUUUUUUUUUUUAAUUCCUCUUUCGUCCUCAUGUUAUGGUCUGUGAAAUGUUUGUUAUCAUAGGUAUGCAGCUACAGUUACAAACAUCACUACCGUUUUAAGGUACCUGCGUCCUGGACUCCCAGAGUUGUUACUUGGUUAUGUUGGAUGUUGGUGUCUUUGCUGUUAAGCAGUUGCUUUUUAGUGAUUGCAUGGUACAUCUAUGAAUUUCUCACACUCCCCCCCCCGCCCAAACACACACGUUAUUUAUCGCCUGAUCCAUUGUUGCUUGUGACCUCUUCUAGCUUGAGAGGGAGUCCACAAUGCAUUGCCUUCAAACGUUAUUGUACUUGUCAGCGCUUACUGCAGUACAGCAUAAUGUCUGUCAUGCAAAAGGUGUUUUUGUACAAAAGAUCUCUAGCCAUCUCUGCAGAAGACUUUGCAGCUGCAUUUGAAUGCUUGCUUGUUUGACAUAACGAAGAAAAAAAAAAAAAAAACUACGAACUCCAAACUGUGACCAUACUACUACUACUACUACUACUAUUACUACUACUACUACUAGUACUACUACUAUUCAAAUACUUCAGGGAUUGUUCUGCAUCUGUGAAUGCAGACUCUCAGCUACAUUUGUAAGACAUAGUAUUGUAUCGAUUUCUCUGUAUUUUAAUCAUGGGAAAAGCAAAACACUAGUUUCAUAUUUAAGACGAACAGGGGGGUACUUUUUCAACUAACACGAAGAGCCUUGACAAAGGCGAGGCAGCUCGAAACAAGUCUACAUUUUAGUUAGUAACACAGUAUGUUCAGAAAUAGUUGCAAAGUUGUACAAAGUACUAAGAAGAAAAAAAAAAGCUCAUACCCAAAUCCACAAACUAUUUUUUAAACCAAAGCACAUUUGAAUGAUUAUGGAACCAUGUGUGGCUCUAAAAAGAAACAUAUGUAUUUAUCUCAUUGUUUACAUAAACUCUUACAGUUUUACAGACCUCAGUCGAGGCUCGGCCAGUCAGAGAGGUGGUUUUGUGUGUAUUUUAAAGAUUUUUUUUUUUUUUUUAAAGAUGCUUUUCCACAGAGGUCGCUGCCAAAACAAAAGCAUAGCGUCAAACAUGGGUUGAACUGCUGCAUAUUCAAUGAAGGGGAGGGAUGUGUGGUUUAAGGGUAUCCCCCCACCCCACAUCCCCUCCCCUCCUCUGCCAGCUGGCUUUGGGGUGACCCUGCGCCCCAGUCCCCCCUGCCCUCUGGCCUGUCUUCAGAUGGGGCCGCAGAGAUGGGGGGUGUGCAGUGCAUCCUUGACGUAUUAAUCAAAAGGCAUUGUUAGUCAGGGUUUUUAGCUCAGUGUUGUGUCUCUGUGUUUACCCAAACACACUUGAGGACUACCUCUGCUGCUUGGGUCUCUUAAUAUGUAGGAGAGGGUGGGUGUGAUGCUUGAAUGGUUUGGGUUGUUUUUCGUAACAUGGUACAUCUCUUAUGCUGGUGGUUCUUGAAACCUAUCUGGAGAAUGUAGCUUUUGAUUUGUUCACUGCAUGUAAACAGGCUUAUCUAGUAGUCUUAACUGUGAAUGUUAUUGUCAUUUUCUGCUUUUAUGACGUUUUGAAACCUUUUUUUUUGUUUGUUUUUAGCUGCCUGUGUUCUGUGGGUAAAAGCAGCACAAACCUCUGGCUGGCCAAGCCUCAUACAAAGUUGGUGCAAACACUUAUUGACAGUGUUCUUUUUUUAUCAAAUGUCUAUUGUCAGUGAUGAAUGUAUUUAUUUCUGGUCCUGCCCUCACCUCUGCAAAGAAUUUGCUCAGUGUGUGAGACUGAGAUGGAGGCAGGACCCCCUAUUUUUUUGUUUUGUUUUUUGUUUUAAGGAUUUCAAGCUGAGAAUCAAAAAUGAGACACAAUACAUAGCCAUUAACCACAAUCUGUGAAGUUGACUUUUUUUGUGGGAGAACUGAUUUUUUUUUUUUUUUUUCCAAACUCAAAAAAAAUGGUCUAUGGCAUUUAAUAUCUUCUUUCUCAGUUAUACCUGACAGUCUGUAGGGUUUUUAUUUCAUGUAAUUCACUAUGGGUGUUUUUUUUGCCCAUGUGUUCUUGAGUUCUCACUGAACGACUGCACACCCCUUGUGUGUGUCUGCGGACACAGGCAGGACACUGUGACCUGCCUGGGCAGAACGGAGGCUACUGUAUCUUUUCAAGCUUGCUCUCCCUGGGUGUUGCCAUGCUGCGGCUGUUAAAAACAAAGCAAAAGAAAAACAUUCACACAGCAUAAACAUGCACAUAAUCGACCCUUCUCUCCGCUGAACAACAGCGUUCUCCUUGUGACUAUUGUUACAGUUCUUGUCUUAAACCACUUGCCACCUCUUCCACUUCUUCUUUAACAUGGCAUUUUAUGUUUUUAGUGUCUGUUAGUUCCACAUCGGAGGAUUUUAGAAACCUUAGGUGAGAUAGCUUUACUAAGUGCACUUUGUAUGUUUUUCAAAGCCUCUGGGAGGACCCGGGCACUCUCAUAUCAGUUCCCAUUUAACUGACGGUUUACUCUUUGUCUUUUCUCUUCUUACCUCAUCAUUGUUGCUGUGUGUUUGUUGAAGUAUCAUAUCAUUAUGCAGUGUUACAAAAGCUUUAAAACUGAAUAUACAAAGCAGGAAACUUAACGGAGAGACUGUACUCAGCCUCUAAGCAUUCAAGUUUCCAUCUCAUUUCUUGGCAUUAUUGUUGUUACACCGUGUGCAGUUGUUGCUAUACUACCAUCCUCUCCAGGCAUUUGUACAGUAGAGGGGCUGGUCUGUCCAGUUAUUGUGGAGAUGCUCCUUCUUACCUUGGCAGACUAAACCAAAGCCAGUUUUUAAAAUGGCCUCCGGUGCCAUUAAACCUUGUUGAAGCUUUACUGUCCCUUGCUUUAUCUCAGAUGCACCUGACCCCCCCACUUUAGCCCUUUGACCCUCUGUAAUCUCUGUUACUGCGCAGGCAGCCGUAUACUCUGCGCUGCUGCAUUUUAUAUUUCACAUCAGUAUUUUACUGUACCUCCAGUGACGUUGUGCAGUAGUCACUAAAACAAAAAGCACCAAAUUACCUCAAAACUUUCAGUGUUUACAGAAAUGUGCUAUUUUGCCAUUACAUCACAUCUCACUAUUUAUACUUUUUUUUUUUUUUGCCGUCCAUCUGUAACCAAAAUAUCCUUUCUGAAAUGGAUUUGUAGCAGCAUAUUUUCAGACAUAACCUUUUAAUUUCCAUCUGUUUAUUUGAAGGCACAUUGUCACCUUGUUGUUCACCACAUUAAUGGAAAGACAUGAUUAGCUGCUAAAAGAAAAAUAGUACUUGAAGAGUUGAUUAGUGGAGGUGCCCAUGAAGUGGGUGUAUCAGGCUUCCUCUCUGGUCCGUUUUCUUCAGGAACACCUCUCAAUAAUGUAUCAGGAUCUGUGGGCUGAGAGGCUCUGGAAUGGACAUGUAGGGUCUUUGCUGUUGAAUAAUUAAAAGGCCGAGAAGCCCUCCCCUUGGCAAACACACUUCAUAUGCAAAGGUGUACACACCCAGGUGCACUUUUGCUGGCAUGCAUGCGCAUACACUUCCACUCAUGCAAACACAGAUGUAAGCGUCUAGACUUCAAACACAACCUAACAUGCACACACCAGUAUUUUAAGGUGAGAUUCUGUGACCCCCCUUUUUUUUUCCUUCCCCUUUUUUUUGACUCUUUUGGCAGCACCCAGGCUGGGCUCUCGCUUUAUCUCCACUCCUCAGAGAGCUCGUAUUCAGGUCAGAGCCACCGCCGUGCAUAGCGAUGGGGCUCGCAAACUCAAAGUGUCAUAAAAGUGUAAUACAGCUGACCUCAGCACUCACAACCUUGCAGUCUUAAUGUACAGCAGUGAGGAAAAAUAAACUGUUAUUUUAUGAUCUUUUCAUUAAAAGCUUGAUUGAAAACCAA